ACGAGAGAGUUGGCGGUUGCCAAGUCACGGAUAAUCGUUUAUAAUGUGAUUCUGUUGGGUGAUGAUGGGUGGUGGACCUCCCUCACCGCUAGAAAUUCUACGUGCCGCUCGCCAAACGCACACUUUGGGAAAAGGAGGGCCUCGAAUAUACUGCAAAAAGAAACGUUGUUCCACCUCGUACCGCUUACCAAAUCCGACUCGGAAUGGAACGGCAUUGCGUCAUUAGUUUGA